GAGUAUCACUAUAACACAAGGACUUAUUCUCUGAGCGAGCCCUGUGGUGUCUUACAGACCUUCGUCCCCGUCGCCCGAGGAGCUUCUCUUCCCCUCAGAGGUGCGAAGUCUGCUGUCAACAUGUCCGACACCGAGGAACUGGAUCAGCUCGAGGAGGAGGAAGCCCAGGAGGAGGUAGUAGAGGUAGAAGUAGCCCCUGAGGCGGAGGCCCAGGUGGAGGCAGAGCCCGAGGUAGAGCCUGAAGCCGAGCCAGAGCCGGAGGAGGAGGAGGUCCAGGAGGAGGAAGAGGAGAAGCCAAAGUUCAAACCGUCUGCUCCGAAGAUCCCCGACGGAGAGAAGGUGGACUUUGAUGACAUGCAGAAGAAGCGUCAGAACAAAGACCUGGUGGAGCUGCAGUCGCUGAUCGACGCCCACUUCGAGUGCAGGAAGAAGGAGGAGGAGGAGCUCCUCGGCCUGAAAGACAGGAUCGAGAAGCGCCGUUACGAGCGAGCCGAGCAGCAGAGGGUCCGAGCCGAGAAGGAUAAGGAGCGCCAGGCCAGACGGGAGGCUGAGCGUCAGAGGAAGGAGGAGGCCGACGCCCACUGGAAGGCUGAAGCGGAGGCCAAGAAGAAGAUGACGCUGAGCAGCAUGGGGUCCGGCUACAGCAGCCACCUGCAGAAGGUGGAACAGAAGAGAGGGAAGAAGCAGACGGAGCGGGAGAAGAAGAAGAAGAUCAUGUCGGAGAGAUGCAAACCCCUGAACGUGGACGGCUUCAGUGAGGACAACCUGAGGGAAAAGGCCAACGAGCUGUGGGAGUGGCUCCACGACCUGGAGGCCAUCAAGUACGACCACUGUGAGAAGCUCACGAGGCAGAGAUACGAGGUCGUGUCUCUCAGGAAUCGAAUCGACGAGCUGCAGAAACACAGCAAGAAAGGAGCCGCCGCGCGCCGCAGGAAGUGAGCGGCGGCCCGGAGAAGAGGCUCCUCCCCCUCGGCUGCAGCGGCAGCUCGGACCCGGAGCGAGUGGACGUC